CAAAGCCAGCGCCGCCGCGGCUGCUAUGCAACCUCAGGUAGGCGGAAGUGAGGAUGUACUUCCGGGUUGAGUCGCGUGUUUCCCCUCCCCUAAGAUGGCGGCGCCCAUGUCCCUGCUGGUGGAGUUUGGAGGUGGAGCAGAGCUCUUGUUUGAUGGCGUUAAAAAACAUCAGGUGACCUUGCCCUGUCAACCAGAGCCUUGGGACAUCAGAAACCUGCUAAAGUGGAUCAAACAGAAUCUAUUAAAAGAGAGACCAGAAUUAUUUAUUCAGGGGGACACCGUGCGGCCAGGAAUUUUGGUGCUCAUCAAUGAUGCAGACUGGGAACUAAUGGGCGAGCUGGAUUAUAAACUCCAGGACCAGGAUAACGUGGUUUUCAUCUCAACGUUGCAUGGUGGUUGAGCUCUUGGAAUUCAUAAGGACAUAAAA